CAAACAUUGCCAAAGAUGGCCGAACAAACUUCAGAAGAAGACAUUUUGCUCGCAAAGCGCAUCAUAUCAGCGGCUGAGCGACAUGAUAUUGGUGCUCUCAAGAUUCUCCUCAAGGAAGGCUCAGCAAACGUUCAGGAUCCCACUGCAACAGCCGCAAUAUCACCAUUGCAUGCUGCGAUUGCCGCAUGCGGUAAAGUUGAUGAAAGAAAAGAGGCCGAUGAGAAUGCUGUCAAGACUGUGGAGUUGUUACUGGAGAAUGGAGCAAUCUGGAAUGAUUUGAAUAAAGAGGACGAGACACCAGGAUGCAUUGCGCUAAAACUAGGUCAGAAGAAGAUUUAUGAUAUUAUGGUUGAAGCUGGUGUGCGAGCCGAACUCCUUUUCUCUAAAAUGGCGGAACUUGGGCUCGACCGGGACGAAGAAGAGGUAGAAGAAGACAAAUCACUUGAAAGUCAGCCUGCAGUCAAAAAACAGAAGGUGUCUGAAGACAAUGUGAAAGCGAUUCAAGAGGCAGUUGAGGAGAAGGUACUAGACGACGUAUCGCUAGACAAUCAGGCGUAUCUAAAGAGUCAGUUACGGUACAAGCCUGGGAUUUUACUGGACGAAAGCAACAACGCGGUGAUGAUGGACUGGGAAACGCAGAUCAUGCAGCGACAUGCAGAAACCCUUAUCCCGAAAACUGGGCUUCGAGCCAUGAAUGUGGGGCAUGGUAUGGGAAUUGUGGAUACUGCCAUCCAGACACACGAUCCUUCAGAACAUCACAUCGUCGAGGCGCAUCCGCAAGUGUUGCAGCGGUUAAGAGACCAGGGCUGGUUCGACAAGCCGAACGUCAUAAUUCAUGAGGGGCGGUGGCAAGACGUUUUGCCGAAGCUUGUUGAGAAGGGUGUUGUGCUUGAUGCGAUCUAUUACGACACUUUUGCGGAGGACUACAAAGCACUCAAAGAAUUUUUCUCGGAAUAUGUCACUCGGCUGCUUGACUCGAAUGGGAAGUUCGGGUGGUACAAUGGCCUUGGAGCCGAUAGACAGAUCUGCUAUGAUGUUUACACUAAGGUGGCCGAAAUGGAUCUCUAUGAGGCAGGCUUUCGUACAGAGUGGGAAGAUAUUGCGGUUCCGUCGGACCUGCAUGGUUCUGACCAGUGGACCGGGACGAGGAGGCCGUACUGGACGAUUGAUGUAUAUCGCCUCCCAGUCAAUACUUUCGUUAAAUAAAG